GAAUGGUAGAUCCCGAGGCCACAGCUUCCGCCGGCGCCGGGAUCGUUGGUCGCUGCCCUUGGUCGUGGGGGUCGUUGUUGGCUCGGAGGCCGCAGCAUUCAUGAUGAACGUACUUCAGAUUGUGCGUGACCACUGGGUACAUAUACUUGUCCCUGUGGGAUUUGUCUUUGGAUGUUACCUCGACAAAAGGAGUGAUGAAAAACUAACUGCCUUCCGGAACAAGAGUCUGUUAUUUAAAAGGGAGUUAAGACCCAAUGAAGAAGUCACCUGGAAGUAAAGGCUGUGGCUGAUUUGCAGAACAUUCACAUUUUUAAGUUAUGAGAGAAAUAAAAACAGUCAUUAUUUAA